GAACAUGAGUAAGUCGUCCAACCCAACCUUCGUCCGGGUAAGUACGAGAUGAGCCUGGCCUGCGAACCUAAGGAGCCAUGAAGGUACUCGUAUCCGCUUCCAGGCCUUCGUUCGCCUAGGUAGUCGUGCUCGGUCACUCGAAGGGCGAGCAUACUUUGACGUAAAGGUGAGAUAACAAUCAUCUGUGUAUCCGCAGCUAGCACAUGCGCUCCCUUCCGCUCGGCCGACGCGACGCGCACUCUCCAGAUCAGUCCUACGUCGCAGGCGCAUCUGCUCGCGCCUCUGGAUACAACCGCGCGGUCCCUGUCCCUGUACACUCCGGGAGCGACGAGGUCGUGAAGCGAUUGUCCAUAGCCAAUCAGGCCCGCGGCAUAACGGGUGCUGCGUGCAACGCGACUGCAACGCGAGAGCCGUUGAGGCAGCGCGGGGAGGAGAUGAUCCGAUCAGAUUUACGGUUCCGCGAAGCUAUCGAUAUCGUACACGCUAUGAACACAUGGGCGAUCCAGUAUAAAAGACGGAGGCGGGCAGCGCCCUUCGUCCCUCUCAGCACUUCCUUCCGACGGCGCUGGCGUAGUCGUCGCUGGUGUCUAUUCGCAAUACUAUCUCUCAUCGUCCAGAUUUCUUGCACUCAUUGUGCAGCCACGAUGCCUUGCACCACCCUUCCUCCUGCUCCGCCUAUUGGUGCGCACCAUCCCGCGUCUGCUGGUGAGUUCUGACCGGGUCCUCUUCUGCAGAUGCGAGUCCCGAGACUUUGAGCAUCGUGCAAUCUCCCGUCAACAUGCCUUCGAUACCAUGGGACCCCACGUU